GAAAGUUCAAAGCGCGUACACUUGGGCGAUGGCUAUGGCUAUGGCGUCCGUCCCUCUCCUUUAGCCUCUCUUCCAUUUUUCUUUUAUUUUUCUUCCUCUGUCUCGUCACGUUCGGAAUCAGCCCCCUCCCCUAAUUUCAGUUUCCCCCUUAUUUUAAUUCUAAUAACUUCCCAUUCCCUUCUCUCCUUUUAUUUCUCCACGUUACCCUCCGCCCCUUGUAUAUAUCGCUCAUUUCCUCCAAAUUUCUCUCCCUCUUUGGCCUCCCAGCCCAGAUUCCUGCGCCCCGCCGAGGAAUUUGAGUUCUCAGGGGGAAAUGACGGAGCCAAAGCCAUCCACGCCCUUGCUCAGCACUACACCAUCCUCCUCCCGAAGCCUCCCUGAUUUUAAAAAGUCUGUCAAAUUGAAAUAUGUUAAACUUGGUUAUCACUACCUCAUCACCCAUGGAAUGUACCUCUUCCUUUCGCCUCUCGUCGUCGUGAUUGCGGCGCAGCUUUCGACAUUCUCCCUUCAAGAUCUCCAUGAAGUUUGGGAGCAUCUUCAGUACAAUUUAGUUUCAGCCAUCCUUUGUUCGACCCUCCUUGUUUUCUUGUCCACCCUCUACUUUCUUACCCGGCCUCGCCCUGUGUACCUUGUUGAUUUUUCCUGCUACAAGCCUGAUGAAUCUCGUAAAUGCACGAAAAAGAUUUUCAUGGAUCAAUCUAGGAUGACGGGGUCAUUUACAGAGGACAAUCUUCAGUUCCAAAAGAAAAUCCUUGAGAGAUCUGGACUUGGGGACUCAACCUAUCUUCCUGAGGCUGUUCUCAAUAUUCCUCCAAACCCCUCCAUGGGAGAAGCUAGAAAAGAAGCUGAAACUGUGAUGUUUGGUGCCAUUGACGAGCUUCUAGCUAAGACAAGUGUGAAACCAAAGGAUAUUGGUAUCUUGAUUGUGAACUGUAGCUUGUUCAAUCCAACACCAUCGCUUUCGGCCAUGGUCAUCAACCACUACAAGCUUAGAGGGAACAUCGUUAGUUACAAUCUGGGCGGGAUGGGGUGCAGUGCAGGCCUAAUUUCUAUCGACCUUGCAAAACAGCUGCUUCAGGUCCAUCCCAAUUCUUAUGCACUGGUGAUUAGCAUGGAGAACAUAACAUUGAACUGGUACUUCGGGAAUGACCGAUCGAAGCUCGUCUCUAAUUGUUUAUUUCGGAUGGGUGGAGCAGCAAUAUUGCUCUCGAACAGAAGAUCCGAGAGGAGGAGAUCCAAGUACCAAUUAGUACAUACAGUUCGUACCCACAAGGGAGCAGAUGAUAAGUGCUUUAGCUGUGUUACUCAGGAAGAGGACUCAACAGGUAAGAUUGGCGUUACUUUAUCAAAAGAUCUGAUGGCAGUUGCGGGUGAUGCGUUGAAGACCAACAUCACGACGUUGGGGCCUCUCGUUCUGCCAAUGUCGGAGCAGCUUCUCUUCUUCGGUACAUUAGUUGGGAAGAAACUCUUCAAAAUGAAGAUCAAGCCUUACAUCCCCGACUUCAAACUGGCCUUUGAACAUUUCUGCAUUCACGCUGGGGGAAGAGCGGUUUUGGACGAACUGGAGAAGAACUUGCAGCUGUCCGAUUGGCAUAUGGAGCCGUCGAGGAUGACACUCUACCGAUUCGGGAAUACGUCGAGCAGUUCUCUUUGGUAUGAAUUGGCUUAUACAGAAGGGAAAGGCAGAAUGAAGAGAGGAGAUAGGACAUGGCAAAUAGCAUUUGGUUCAGGGUUCAAGUGCAAUAGUGCAGUUUGGAAAGCUCUAAGGACCAUAAAUCCAGCCAAAGAAAAGAGCCCAUGGAUGAAUGAGAUCAACCAGUUUCCAGUUGAUGUUCCUAAAAUUUCAGUGAUUUGAAAACUUAAUAUUAACUCAUUAGUUUUCCAUUCUUAUCAGUCUCCUCUCAAAACUCAAAAUUUGGAGUGUCAACUGCCAACAUCUUCCAUUGAUUUUCCUGUGCUGGUGUUUAAGAAUUGACAUUUUCUUUUCUUCUAAGCCAGAUUAUAGAGACAGCUUGGCUUAGUUGGGAGCACAACAUUUUGCAUCUUUUUACAUGGAUGCUUUGUGAAAGCCUUCAUGUCUUGAUUUGUAUUGGUUAUUGGGGAUUGUGGAACUAUUCAAUUUAGCAGACAAUUUGGAUGGAUCAUUCAUUUCUACUGCUUAAAACUC